CGUUCUCCCGCCGCCCCCGCGAAAAACCUGGCGAACGCUCAAGUCUGACUUGAUCGACCCCCCGUGUGUUCGUGUGCCGUCUCCCGGGGGCGGUCGAACGACCCUGCGGACCCCGACGGGAGAGAGAACAACUCGACUACACGACCUCGACUGAAGCAGAAGUCUUCGACGGGGAUGCCCGACUUUUGAUUCGUCGCAGAGGAUGGGAACAGGAGACAGGCUACUUGAUAUCCCGUGCAAGGUAUGCGGGGAUCGUAGCUCGGGCAAACAUUACGGCAUCUACAGUUGCGACGGCUGUUCUGGAUUUUUUAAGAGAAGCAUACAUAGAAAUCGCGUCUACACGUGCAAAGCUCAGGGUGAUCUGAAGGGGCGCUGUCCCAUCGACAAAACGCACAGGAAUCAGUGCCGAGCCUGUCGUCUGACCAAGUGUUUUCAAGCCAGCAUGAACAAAGACGCAGUGCAGCACGAGCGGGGUCCCAGGAAGCCAAAGCCUCAUCUACACUUGUCUCAUCACCACCAUCACCACCAUCACCAACAACCGCCACCACCCCACGUGACGCAUCAUCCUCCAGGUCACCCGGCCACACCUGGACACCAUGGACCAGCGGCACAUCUGUUGACUCAUCACAGGAUCCUAAGAUGCGACCAGAAACCAUCGCCGUAUCCACCGUCGGUAUCGAUACUGCAAAAAGCAAGCGAAGGAUCACCGCCCCCGGCACCUCUACCGCCUCCGCCUCCGCCGCCGCCUCCAAAUCUCUAUCAUACAGCUGCUGUCAAUCUCGGACCACAGCCACCGCUUCUGCAAAUUCUGAUGUCCGCUGAAAAGUGUCAGGAACUUGUAUGGAGUGCCAGACUUCAGCCAGAUGGAGAGACGUCCCCAGAUCAGACAGAAACCGAAGCAAGCCACAGCCCUCCCACAGGAACUUUGCAAAGUCUCAGUCCAACAUGGGAAGUUUUACAGGAAACAACGGCACGACUGCUGUUCAUGGCAGUAAGAUGGGUCCGUUGCCUGGCCCCUUUCCAAACCUUAUCUAAAAACGACCAGCUUCUCCUACUUCAGCAGGCCUGGACCCAGCUCUUCCUACUCCAUCUUGCCCAGUGGUCAAUAUCCUGGGAUAUUUCGGGGCUUCUCGAGGGUGAACAGGUCCGGGGUCGUUUACCCCCUGGGGAUUCUUCGCACGAAGAACUGACGACGAUUCAGGAAAUCAUGUGCAGAUUCAGACAGCUUUCGCCCGACGGUAGCGAGUGCGGUUGCAUGAAAGCGGUUGUUCUCUUCACGCCAGAAACCAGGGGACUUCACGAGGGGCAGCCGGUCCAGAUGCUGCAAGACCAAGCCCAGUGCAUUCUGGGAGAUUACGUGAGGUCGCGAUAUCCUCGUCAGCCAACAAGAUUCGGGAGGCUGCUGCUCCUGUUGCCGAGUUUGAGGGCUGUCAAUCCUUCGACGGUCGAGCUCUUGUUCUUCCGGGAAACGAUCGGGGAAAUACCGAUCGCUCGCCUCCUCGGCGAUAUGUAUCAGAUGGAAAGAUACUCGAAUUGAAAGUACAGAUUCGUAUUUCAUGAGAAAAUCUGAUGUGACUAGGGAACGACUUUGACGUGUUUUUAUAUACGAACAAGAUUAAGUAUUAUGUUAUUUU